AUGGCCAUUCUCCAGGCGUUCGUCGCGAGGGACGUGCUGCUCGUAAGUCACUGCCCUUGCCAUCCACGCUGAUAUGAGAGAGAGAGAGAGAGAGAGAGAGAGAGAGAGAGAGAGAGAGAGAGAGAGAGAGAGAGAGAGAGAGAGGGAGAUUGCGUGGCUGAAUCGCGCCCACUCCUCACAGGCAUUCUGUAUCCUCGGCAUCGUCGCGACCACCCUCAUCACCCUCCUGCGAGUCUAUGUGCGCAUCACCCGCCAGAACCGGCUUCGCGAGGACGACUUCGCCUUGUUCGUUGCCGUCGCGCUGUACAUCACCAUGGCCGCCCUCUACAUCGCCGACCUCCCCUACCUGUACACCGUCAUGGACUGGCUGGAAGGCACGACGCCCACCGUCGACCUGCGCUUCAUCGCCGCCAGUUACACCCAGAUGAUGAAGUUCAACUGGGCCGUCACCCUCUUCUACUGGGCCGUCCUCUGGUCCGUCAAACUCAGCCUGCUGCUCUUCUUCCGCCGAGUCAUCUCGCAGAUCAAGCGCUGGAUGCGAGCCUGGUGGUGCAUCCUCGCCUUCACCCUCGUCUCCUUCUGCGGCUGUGUGGUGUCGCAGAUCACUUCCUGUGAUACGCCGCACGACUUCACCGUCUUGGGCAAGUGCGCGGCGCCGCGGAAUGCGAGGGCGCAGAUUACCAGUCUCUACUACUCGUACGCCGCCGACGUCUUGACCGACUUGCUGAGUAUGAACAGACAGGAAGAUGGUGUCCGCAAGUGCUUGCUGACUGUGCUGGCAGUCAUGGCUCUGCCACUGCGAAUUGUAGCCGCGCUGCGACUGGCGACGAGGGACCGGUGGAUCUUGGCCGGCCUCUUCGGUGUCACGUCCAUCGCCAUCGUCGUCAGCACCAUCCGCGUCUUCUUAAUCUACGCAAAGACGGGCAACGGCUCCCCAAGCCCGCCCUGGCUCGGUCUCUGGGCUGUCAUCGAAGGCAUGGUCGGUACGUCUUUGUGCGGAUGCCCCCCCUGCGUUUCAUCUCCGCUAAUCCCACAAGCCAUCAUCGUCGGCUGCAUCCCCGUCAUCUCACAAAUCUUCCGCACCAGCAGAGAAAUCUCUUCGUCCGCUUCGCGUGGAGCGGCACAGCCUAUGAAGGACUUCGGCGGCAGCGAUAUGCACACUGCCUCCACGUCGGCUGGCACGACGGUCGAAUGCGGCCCAUCGCCGGAUAAGAGUCGAAGAGUAUCGACGAACGACCACCAUCUGGGUGAUGAUCCGCCUCGAUACGUUCGAGAAACUGAGAUCGUGGGUUCAUGGUCGAAUUCUGGACGUCUAUAG